AUGGUGCCAGAGCGGACUCACGACGAGUUCUCCCCGUUGCUGGGGGGCAGCAACGGCAUCGCGUCCACCGGGGCCAUUCCCAGUCGCGAUGAGGAGCAGCCGCGGGACUCUGUGCAGUCUACGGAGGAUCAGGCCAAGGAGCCAUUUCCAGAUGCACGGAAGCAGCUCAAGUAUAUUGUGCCAGCCAUCUCAAUAGGAAUCUUCCUAUCGGCGGCAGACCAGACGAUUAUUAUGGCCAGUUAUGGCCAGAUUGGGAGUGACCUGAAGGCGCUCAAUCUGACCAGUUGGAUUGCGACAUCUUACUUCUUGACCCUCACCUCGUUCCAGCCGCUAUAUGGAAAGCUGAGUGAUAUAUUUGGUCGCAAGGCGUGUCUGCUCUUUGCCUAUGCCAUUUUUGGAAUUGGUUGUCUGUUUUGCGGACUUGCACGAAACAUAAAUGAGCUCAUUGCGGCACGUGUCUUCCAGGGCAUUGGUGGCGGUGGUAUGACCACAGUUGUCAGUAUUCUGAUGAGUGACAUUGUUCCUCUGCGUGAUCGAGGCGUUUGGCAGGGAAUUAUUAACAUCAUCUACGCGACUGGGUCGGGUACUGGUGCACCUCUAGGAGGAAUCCUGUCCGAUUACAUCGGCUGGCGCUGGGCGUUCCUGGCGCAGUUCCCACUGUGCAUUCUCGCAUUCAUCGCCGUUGCCGUGAUGCUCAAGCUUCCGGCCCGCGAAACCGCUCACUGGAGGACCAAACUCCGUCGCGUCGACUUCCUCGGGGCUAUAGUUCUUGUCGGUGCCGUUCUGGGCUUCUUGUUGGGUUUGGACCGUGGCAGCAAUGUGUCAUGGAAGCUGCCCUUGACGAUCGCCUCUCUGAGUGUCUCGAUCGUCUUGUUCGUCGUCUUCGUCCUGGUUGAGGUCUACUUGGCGGCAGAGCCGUUUGCGCCUGGCCAUAUUAUUUUUGACCGCACAUUUUUCUCCUUGUAUUGCUGCAACUUUUUCAGCUUCGGUGGUUGGCUCGCGGCGCUCUUCUACAUUCCGCUGUAUUUCCAGGCAGUCGAUGGAGUGUCUGCCACUAUCGCUGGUCUGCGGCUCUUGCCAAGCAUUCUGGCAGGUGUUACCGGCUCACUUUUUGCCGGAGUCGUGAUGAAAUGGACUGGAAAAUACUACUGGCUGACCAUUGCGGCGUAUACGUCCCUGACAGUCGGGUGUUUCGUCAUUUAUCUUGUCUCGGGAGGCGCAGUGGCCAGCACAGUCCCAAUGAUCAUUGGUAUGACAGUGUCUUCAUUUGGAAAUGGAAUCGGUGUUACCACGACCCUGAUCGGCCUGAUUUCCAACGCUUCUUUCGAAGACCAGGCUGUUGUGACCGCAUGCUCGUAUCUCUUCCGUUCGUUGGGUUCAGUUAUCGGACUAUCUCUGUCGGCGAGCGUUGUCCAGCAACUCCUGCGGGAGCGACUCCGAUCCGAGCUGCAAGACAGCAAGGACAUCGAGCAGAUUGUCAACGGUGUUCGAGAAAGCCUCGACUACAUCAGGGGGCUGGACCCGGAUGUUGCUCAAAUCGUGCGCAACUGCUACGGUUGGUCGACCAACAAGGGCUUUGGCUUCAUGGUUGUCGUGGUAUUUUUUGCAUUGUUCAGUGCCUUUUUUAUGCGCGAAAGCAAGCUCCACCGCUAG